CUGUAUUUUUCUUUCAAAUAAUAAAUGCUCCUUGUUGAAGAAUUGGAGGGCAGCAGCAGUGAUUACUGAUUAGCAAAUCCAUCCUCAAUUUAAGCACUGAACCUAAUUUCACCUUCAGGCUUCAACUGUGACAAUUCCGCGUUCUCCAUCGUCCAAUUAAGAGUUUUGUGAAGAUGGGUGGAGGAUUCAGAGUGCUGCAUCUUGUAAAGCCUUUCCUCUCGUUUCUGCCAGAAGUUCAGAGUGCUGAUAGGAAGGUGCCCUUCAGAGAGAAGGUCAUAUACACUGUGAUCUCCCUUUUCAUCUUCCUGGUGUGCAGUCAGCUCCCCCUAUAUGGCAUACAUUCUACAACUGGCGCCGAUCCCUUUUAUUGGAUGCGUGUUAUUCUUGCGUCAAACCGCGGUACUGUGAUGGAGCUUGGAAUAACACCAAUUGUGACUGCUGGGAUGGUGAUGCAGCUAUUGGCUGGUUCAAAAAUCAUUGAAGUGGACAACAAUGUCAGAGAGGAUCGUGAACUCUUAAACGGAGCUCAAAAGCUGCUAGGCAUCUUGAUUGCAAUAGGAGAGGCAAUUGCUUAUGUUCUAUCAGGGAUGUAUGGAAGUGUAAACCAAUUAGGGGUUGGGAAUGCCAUUCUAAUUAUUAUCCAACUUUGCUUUGCUGGCAUCAUUGUCAUGUGUUUAGAUGAACUCCUCCAGAAGGGAUAUGGUCUUGGUUCUGGGAUUUCCCUAUUUAUAGCUACCAAUAUAUGUGAAAGUAUUAUCUGGAAAGCAUUCAGUCCAACAACCAUUAAUACUGGUCGUGGAGCUGAGUUUGAAGGUGCUAUUAUUGCUUUGUUUCAUCUACUGAUAGCUCGGACAGACAAAGUAAGGGCUCUCAGAGAGGCUUUCUACCGACAAAAUCUUCCCAAUGUUACCAAUCUGCUUGCCACAGUUUUGAUCUUCUGCGUUGUCAACUAUUUCCAAGGUUUUCGCGUGGUCCUUCCUGUAAGAUCAAAGAAUGCACGUGGACAACAAGGCUCUUAUCCAAUCAAAUUAUUUUAUACCUCCAACAUGCCCAUAAUUCUUCAAUCUGCACUUGUAUCCAACCUUUAUUUCAUAUCUCAGUUGCUAUACAGGAAGUACGGUGGAAACUUCCUUGUCAAUUUGUUGGGUAUAUGGAAGCAAUCUGAAUACUCUGGCCAGUCUGUCCCUGUUGGUGGACUUGCUUACUAUGUUACUGCACCAUCAAGCCUGGCGGACAUGAUGGCGAACCCAUUCCAUGCUCUUUUCUACAUAGUGUUCAUGCUUUCUGCUUGUGCGCUUUUCUCGAAGACAUGGAUUGAAGUUUCUGGGUCUUCAGCUAGAGAUGUUGCCAAACAACUUAAGGAGCAACAAAUGGUGAUGCCCGGACACCGGGACUCGAAUCUGCAGAAGGAACUGAACCGUUACAUCCCCACUGCGGCUGCAUUUGGAGGAAUGUGCAUCGGCGCAUUGACUGUGUUGGCGGACAUGAUGGGCGCCAUCGGCUCCGGAACCGGUAUUCUUCUUGCUGUCACAAUCAUCUAUCAGUAUUUUGAGACUUUUGAGAAGGAGAAAGCCACUGAACUGGGCUUCUUGGGCUUGUGAUUUUCACCUUCUGUUUUCCAUGUCCCAAGAUGAAAAUUGUCACAUUUUCAUCUUUGGUUCUAGAUUUAUAUUUAUUUUUUAAGACUAUAUGCUGCAGUACUGUAAUACUCCACUAGACCACUACAUAUCUUUGGUUAAUUGUAGUUCCUUUUAGUCAUGUUCUUCUCUUUAUACUAACUCAAUAUAGGACACCCUAUCUUGCAAAAAGUUUCAUAGUUUUUCUUUUUGGACGUCCCAAUGAAAAAAAAAACCAAACACUUGUUAUACUCCCUCCCUACUUGCUUUUUUUUACCAACACUGUUUUGUAUGGUU